CGCUGGGGCGGCGGCGGAGGAAGAUGGCUGCGGCUGAGGCGGUGGACACUCAGCUGAUGCUCGGAGUCGGGCUGAUCGAAAAGGACACAAAUGGAGAAGUUCUGUGGGUGUGGUGUUAUCCUUCCACGACAGCUACUUUAAGGAAUUUACUGCUGAGAAAAUGCUGCCUUACAGAUGAGAGCAAACUUCUCCAUCCCUUCGUCUUUGGUCAGUACAGAAGAACGUGGUUUUAUAUCACAACAAUUGAAGUUCCAGAUUCUUCAGUUUUGAUAAAGGUGACUCAUUUUUCUAUUGUUCUGACCGCCAAAGAUUUUAACCCAGAGAAAUAUGCUGCCUUCACUAGGAUAUUGUGUAGAAUGUACCUGAAACAUGGCAGCCCAGUUAAAAUGAUGGAGAGUUAUAUUGCAGUUCUCACAAAGGGGAUAUGCCAGAGUGAAGAAAAUGGCUCUUUUCUCAGCAAGGAUUUUGAUGCCCGAAAGGCAUAUCUCGCAGGCUCCAUCAAAGACAUUGUAUCUCAGUUUGGAAUGGAAACUGUUAUCUUACACACAGCGCUGAUGCUAAAGAAAAGAAUUGUCGUCUAUCAUCCCAAAAUAGAAGCCGUCCAGGAGUUCACCAGGACUCUGCCUGCCCUGGUGUGGCAUCGACAGGACUGGACCAUACUUCAUUCCUAUGUGCACCUGAAUGCCGAUGAGCUGGAAGCCCUGCAGAUGUGCCCAGGUUAUAUCGCCGGAUUUGUAGACUUGGAGGUGAGCAACAGAUCAGACCUCUAUGAUGUGUUUGUGAACCUGGCAGAUAGUGAGAUUACCAUUGCUCCGCUUGCAAAAGAGGCCAUGACGAUGGGCAAACUGCACAAAGAGAUCGGUCAGCUCAUUGUCCAGUCUGCAGAAGAUCCAGAGAAGUCAGACAGCCAGGUUAUACAGGAUAUUUCCCUAAAAACGAGAGAAAUCUUCACCAACCUGGAACCAUUUUCAGAAGUUUCUGGUGAUGGAAAAAAGCUAGUUCUCAAUUUUGAGGCCCUGAAGCAAAGACGAUUUCCACCAGCAACAGAAAACUUCCUUUACCAUCUAGCAGCAGCCGAGCAAAUGCUGAAAAUCUGACUGUGACAACGUCACUGAUGAAUGAUAGAAAGCUCUCACCAUGAUUAUCCACUAACUAUGUAAAAUACUGAAAAUAACAAAGGAAAUUAUAUAUUUUUAAUGAUUAAUUUGCAAGUAUUGAGAUUUGACCCGAAAGGGCCCUGAAACAGAUUUGAAAAUUCUUCUGAUUUUCUCCUGAUUGGUUUCAUGCCUGGGAUCAGUGUUGGACAAAGUGCUGUAACUACCAUAUAUAACAUUAGCAACGGCGUGGUGUCCCGGAGUAAGAGAGAAAAAGCUCUGCCAAGUUCUUGUACAAAUCACAGCAAACCCAAAAGCCUUCAUUAUUCUAAGUUCCAGUUGUCUCAUUUUGUAGCCACAAACUAAUGGUUUAUUUUCAGAAAGCUGCCUGAAAUUUUGCUUUGUAUUCUUCUAGGAAGAACUUUUAUUCCUCAUGAGGAACUCUACUUUCUGAGCCAAACUACUAAGUUUUCUGCAGAACACUCUAGAAGAUCAUUCAAAACAGAUCCUGCAGUUGCACUUUCUUGUAAAAGAAUUUUUUUUCUUGGCCUUUGAACAUUUUUGCCUAUAUUAUGAGGAUUUUGCAUAGAUUUUAUACUUGAGUAGACAACUUUAAUAAUCCAUAUUUAUACUGUUGCAGAGGUGAGCAUUUGGCAAACUGAAGCCACUAGUCCUCGUUAAUUAACCCUGUUGCUAGCAAUGUUCUUUUGAAAAAGAUGCCCGUCCUAUGGUAGAGUAAAAGAAGCCCAUUUUGUAUGUAAAAGUAUGAGUGAGCAGCAACUUCCUGUGAUUGCAAAGGCCAAAACUAGAGAGUGUCUUCAAACUUUAGUAUAAGUAAUUUAGUCACUUAUGAAGGGAACUGUUCUUGUUCAGGUUAUGUAUCUUUUUCAUAGUUGGAGACCUAAAAAUUGCAAAAUAAGCAUGGAGGUCUAAAUUAUGUAUUUGUUACUUUAUUCCAUGUAUUCAAAUUAGUUACGAAAGGUUAUUUUACGCUCACUACUGUUGUCCUUAGAAAUCUUGCCCGGAGAAAAUGUUUGCAAAAAAAUCUUGUCUUUAUCAGAUUUUCAUUUAUUCUUUGUUCAGACAUUUGUUGAGUAAAAAUAAAAAAUAGCCUUUUCUCCUCCUUCCCUAGGUGGGGGCAGGGAGGAUGUGAAAUGAGGUGAUGUUUCUAGAGCAAACAAUUGAAAAUUAAAUCUGCACUUUAUGAAAAUGA